CGGCUCACUCCUCAACCGCUCGAGAUAGCAGCCACAUCGACGACGACGAGAACAAAGAGCUGACAGAAUGCCACGCCCAGUGCUGCUGAUACAUGGAGGAGCUGGGGACAUUCCGCACUCGCGCAUCGCUGGCAAGUUCAAGGGCAUCAAGGAGGCGCUGCGCUGUGCGUGGGGCAGCCUGGUGCCGGCCAGCGGCGAGGGCCAGGGCAGCGCCCUGGACGCUGUCGAGGCGGCCGUGCGCAGCAUGGAGCUGGACGAGAACUUCAAUGCGGGCUACGGCUCCUGUCUGAACACCGACGGCCAGGUGGAGAUGGAGGCCAGCCUGAUGGAGGGGCGAGACCUGCGCGCCGGCUGCGUCACCCUGCUGCGCGAUGUCAUGCACCCGAUCACCGUGGCGCGUCGCCUGAUGGAGAAGCGGCGGCACACGUUCAUCGGCGGCGAGGCGGCCCAGGAGCUGGCCCUGGCCACGGGCAGCGAGCGGCUGCCAGCGAACGCGCUGGUCACGGAGGGCGCCCGCUACACGCUGCAGCAGUUCCAGGAGCAGCUGGCCCAGGGCAAGGAUCCCUUCUUCGCACGCACCGAGCUGGCCGCCGAGCAGAGGACCGACCCCAGCGGCGAGACGGUGGGCGCCGUGGCCAUGGACCUGGAUGGCCAGAUUGCUGUCGCCACCUCCACCGGCGGCAUCACGGGCAAGUGGCCCGGUCGCAUUGGCGACACGCCCAUCCUGGGCAGCGGCACCUACGCGGACAACGCCAGGGGCGGCGUCUCCACCACCGGCCACGGCGAGACAAUUAUGCGCUACAAUCUGGCCCAACGCAUCCUCGCCGCCAUCGAGCACAAGGGCAUGUCCGCCCAGGCAGCCGCCGAUCAGGAGUGCCGCGCGAUGACCCAGCGCCUCGGCGGCACAGGCGGCGCCAUAGUUGUGGGCCCCGCCGGGGAUCUGGGCAUCAGCUUCACCUCGCAGCGCAUGGCCUGGGGCUACAUACAGGACGAGACCAUCUUCUACGGCAUCGAGGGCCAAGCGGUGCACCAGGAGCCGCUCGCAUUAGGCACUUCAACGGUUCACAUUUAAUGGCUCAAACAAUCCUCUAAAAAGAAAUCAAAAUACACGUCAAUAAAUUACUAAAGUUACGCCUCCCGAGGGAGCUAGGAAUACACAAAAAAA